CUCCAAUCCCAAACCCCACUAAAUCCAUCUACGCAUAUCUACUAGAUGCAUAUUAUAGAUGCAUAAUAUCUACUUCCAAGAACAUUGAAAGUUUGAAACUCGUCACAAAAUCUAUACAUAACUACCUUUUCCCUUUUCCCUCUCCUAUUUCCAUAUCUACAAAACUUAUUAAUUGGAUGCGACUAUAUCAUUAAACAAAAGCCAUGGCCACAAACCCACAACGCUCAGUGUCAGCGAUGGGCACGCGGGAGCAGCAAGGGAAGACGUAUUUUGAACAGCAACGGGAGGCGCUGAUUGGCGAGAUCGCUAUGAGCUUUGAGCACGUCCUCGCCAACAUCAACAAGCUGAACCGGUCGCUCGAGGCCGUGGUAGCUGUCGGAAACGAGUUCUCAUCCGUCGAGGCUCUGUGGUCGCAGUUCGAGGGGGUCAUGGCUAAGGAUACCGCCGAGGAUGUUAAGAACGCUUCGUCGGAAGGAGAGAGCCAGCACCAAAACCAGAAUAGUCAGCAUGAGACGGGUGAGCCAUCGGCGAGCACGGAUAAGCAUUGACAAGGGAUUGGUGUUUCGGGAUAGGAGAAAGGGGAUUGGGGGAUAGGAAUGCGCAAUGGAUCAUUACGAUACCCGCUUUGACUAUGUAAAUCGAGUCACAGCAUACAUUUACAGCACAUAAAAGCACUAUAACUGUAGUUACUGUACACUACAUUGGUGAAAUAUGUGUAGGGCACUGUAGGCUGGCACUUAGUACUGUGUAGAGGCAUAGACUCGGUAUGCCAAUAUACUGUACUUCGCUAGAUGCAUCGGAACUAUUCACGGGCCGCAAACUAACCAAGCUUCCCGAAAUUUCAAUUGCAAGUUAGAAUUGAAAGU